AUGUGGCCUGUUCGGACGUGGUCCUCCGCCGCGACCCACGUGCAGUUCGCCUACGGUUGCCAGUUUCGAAGACGGACGUGGAAGGCAAGGGGUGCGAGCGCGCCCAUGCGUGCAUUUGCCGGCCAAGACACCGCGAUGGGUUCGCUGCUCCUCAACUUCCCGUCCGACAAGGCCGAGCGCACAAGAAAACAUACAAAUCGGACCAUGCUGGCAAGCUUGUCCAAACCGCGAAAACUGCAGUCUGUGCUGAGCACGUCGCCCUCGCUGCCCUUGCUCGCGCCGCCCACCUUGACCUUGGCAUCUCUGCCCGUGGGGUAUGACACGAUCCAUGGCAAGUACGAUGGAACCGUUGAGGUGGAUGGCGACUCUUUGGUUAUCGACGGCCAGAAGGUGGCGCUGUCCCACACCCGCGACCCUGCCGAGAUCCCUUUCGGGGAGCAUGGCGCCGAGUACGUCUGCGAGUCCACCGGCGUCUUCCUGACCACGGACAAGGUGCAGCCUCACCUUAAGGCGGGCGCAAAGAAGGUGAUCUUCUCGGCCCCUGCCAAGGAUGACUCGCACACCAUCGUCAUGGGUGUGAACGAGGACACCUACGACCCCUCCAUGGAGUGCGUGUCCUGCGCCUCCUGCACCACCAACGGCCUCGCCCCCGCGGUGCGCGUGCUGCACGAGAAGUUCGGCAUCAAGCGCGGCCUGAUGACCACCUGCCACGCCAUGACCGCCUCCCAGCCCACCGUGGAUGGCACCUCCAAGAAGGACUGGCGUGGUGGCCGUGCUGGACCAGGCAACAUCAUCCCCUCGUCCACCGGCGCAGCUAAAGCCGUGGCCAAGGUCAUCCCGGACGUCAAGGGCAAGCUGACCGGCAUGGCCCUGCGUGUGCCCACCAUCGACGUGUCUGUGGUGGACCUGACUGUUGAGCUGGAGAAGGAGACCACGUACGAGGAGAUCUGCGCUGAGAUGAAGAAGCGAUCCGAGGGUGACAUGAAGGGCUACCUGGGCUACACGGACGAGGCCCUGGUGUCCACGGACUUCGAGACUUGCCCGAUCUCCUGCACCUUCGACUCCAAGGCCGGCAUCAUGCUGGACCCGACCUUUGUGAAGGUCGUCUGCUGGUACGACAACGAGUGGGGCUACUCCUGCCGCGUAGUGGACCUCAUCAAGCACAUGGCUGCGGAGGAUGCGAAGGCGUAA